AUGUCCACCCUCCCGGCUCCGGGUGCACCCCUUCAGAUUGAAUGGCAGCCGGUGCCCCUCCAGCUUGAUGCCACCGGGCAGACACAGCUUGUCAAGAAGCCCAGGACCGCUCUACAGACCUACAUUCCCGGUUGUGAGCCUGCCUGGCAGGAUACCGACGAGGUUUCUGUUACGGGCAUGCCAAGCAUUUACGGGAGUGAGAGAAAGGCUAGUAGAUACCCCAAUACCCUCUGUACGCUAAUGUCAACUCUGGACCGCACCCACGGGGUGUGGUGCGACCAAUAUAUGACCAAAACACGGAGUCUUAAAAAACACGUUUUCGACCCCAAUAAUAACCCCUGGAGCGUCAACCCACCGGAGGGGAGUGCUUUUGGACUGGUGGAUAUAUGA